AAUAAAAAAAUCUGUGGGCUCUAGCCUGAAGUUGAUGUUUUUGAUAACAUUCAGAGACAUUCAUCAACUUAUUGUUGAUUUUUAGUACUUUCAUUAUCAGUUUCUAAAACUUAAGUGGCUUAGUAAUAAAUUUCAAUGGAUUUCCAAAACCGCCCUGGCGGUAAAACUGGUGGAGGAGGUGUAGCAUCAUGGUCCGAAACGAAUCGGGACAGAAGGGAACGUCUGAGGCAGCUUGCCUUAGAAACCAUCGAUUUGCAAAAGGAUCCGUAUUUCAUGAAAAAUCAUCUUGGAUCAUAUGAAUGUAAGCUGUGUCUAACUCUACAUAACAACGAAGGAAGUUAUUUGGCUCAUACUCAAGGAAAGAAACAUCAAGCCAACUUAGCACGUAGAGCUGCUAAAGAAGCGAAAGAUGCUCCUACCCUAUUGCAGCCUUUAAAGCCAAGAGUAGAACCAAAAAAAUUUGUUAAAAUUGGACGACCUGGUUACAGGGUGACUAAGCAGAGAGAUCCUGAAUGUGGACAACAAAGUCUCUUAUUUCAAAUAGAUUAUCCAGAAAUAGCAGAUAGCGUUCUACCACGUCAUCGCUUCAUGUCAGCAUAUGAACAAAAAAUUGAACCUCCAGACCGUAAAUGGCAGUAUCUUUUAUUUGCAGCAGAACCUUAUGAAACAAUAGCCUUCAAAGUACCAAGUAGAGAAGUUGAAAAAGUGGACACGAAAUUUUGGACCCAUUGGAAUAAAGAUACCAAACAAUUCUUCCUUCAAUUUGCAUUUAAAAAUGAAUCAAAGAAACCUACAGCAAUAAUUGCACGACCAUUGUUAGGUGGAGUACCACCACCACCAAUGUUGCCAGUACCACCUCCUCCAAGACCACCGAUGUUUAAUCCAAUGCCACCUCCACCGAUGGUAGGUGCUGUCCUACCUGUCCCCCCACCUCAUAGAUAAGGAAAGGCUUAAAGUUUAAUUUUUAUGAUGAUUAUGUAUUUGCUAAAACACAUCUUUUUGGUUCUUUGUAAUUAAGAACAUAGUUACUACAGAAAAUGUAAUGGAUGGCAUGAAUAAGUCUAGAUGCUAAAAAAAGGUUGUUUCAUAAAUACAAUUCAUUCAAUAAUA